AAAUUAGGUAAUGGGCUAGGACUCUGGGAGGGGUGGGGCUCGCUGACCCCAGAAUCUGAUUGGACAGGGUAUCCAGUACUGGGGAGUGGGGAGGUGGGAGAAGAGGGUGCCCCUACAAAUCUCAGGGGUUGUAGCGGGCCAGGACAUCUUUGGGUGGUGGAGUGCAAAGGACCCGCAGCAGAGGAGUACCAGUGACCAGCAACCAUGACCGACCAGCAGGCUGAGGCCCGGUCCUACCUCAGCGAGGAGAUGAUCGCUGAGUUCAAGGCCGCCUUUGACAUGUUUGAUGCUGAUGGCGGUGGGGACAUCAGCGUCAAGGAGUUGGGUACGGUGAUGAGGAUGCUGGGCCAGACACCCACCAAAGAGGAGCUGGACGCCAUCAUCGAGGAGGUGGAUGAGGAUGGCAGCGGCACCAUCGACUUCGAGGAAUUCUUGGUCAUGAUGGUGCGCCAGAUGAAAGAGGACGCCAAAGGGAAGAGCGAGGAGGAGCUGGCCGAGUGCUUCCGCAUCUUCGACAGGAACGCAGACGGCUACAUCGAUGCUGAGGAGCUGGCUGAGAUUUUCAGGGCCUCUGGGGAGCACGUGACGGAAGAGGAGAUCGAAUCGCUGAUGAAAGACGGCGACAAGAACAACGACGGUCGCAUAGACUUCGAUGCUGGCGCUGGGCGUGGGCGGGGGUUGCGCCUGGUGGUGGAGGUGGAGGUGCAGGGCUUCGUCGAGCUGAGUCGGGGUGAGCCUGCGGCCGCGCAGGGAGCUCGGGACAGCGGGCAGGGCCUGCACAACCAGCUGCUGGCAUAG